AUGCGGGCAAAGAAAGUCGCUGUCAUUGGACUGGUCACUGCCAAGACCCUCUUGCAUGAUUCGUCCUGUGGUGCAAGUACCACGACGACGUAUCACCCAGUCAUCUUCGACACGCGCCAAAAAGUCGGAGGACUCUGGGCAGUUUCAUCUGCACAGUCACGGGAUCAUGAUGAUCUUGAAGACGAUGGGCAGGGGACACCCUCCCACGUGACUCUUGAUCCAAACAUGAAGACUAACCUGAGUCGUUUCUCUGUCGCCUUUUCCGAUCUGUCAUGGCAGUCUGCGCUGGGGGGAACAGACUUGCCCAUGUUUCCACGGGCGAGAGAGGUCGGGCAGUAUCUCGCUGUGUAUGCGGAGCGGUAUAUUCCUGGUUCGUGUCUGAGGUUGGAAUCACGGGUGAUUCGGACGGAGCGGCUGGUGGGAGAAGAUGGAAAGUUCUUUUGGAGGGUGUAUUGGAUUGAUGAGACGCGAGGAAAACAAGAGGUCCGUCAGGGGACAGAAUCCGUGCACAACAACCAGGUCAAGGUCGAAGACUUUGAUUUGAUCGUCGUUGCCUCGGGAUACUUUGCUCGUCCGUGGAUUCCAAACCUGCCGGGCUUAUCAAGCUUCACCGGCCAGGUCCUUCACAGCUCGGCUCUAGGGAGGACUCUGGGGAAACAGUGCCAUGUCACCAAUCCCUCUACUCGCCGGGGACACACGCUGGUGAUUGGCGGCAGCAUGUCAGGAGUCGAAGCUGCAUCGACCCUCGCCCUCCGACAGUCUGCAUCUCGACUUUCCGGUGACGCGCUAGCCUCUGGUGAUUCUCACAUUGGACCAAGAAUCUACCAUGUUCAUUCCCGUCCAUUUUGGACAUUGCCGCUCUGUCUCCCUCAUGAACGUUCUACCGGAACAUCCGCCUUUCUUCCCCUGGACUUGGCCAUGUAUGACUUAAAUCGCCGACCACCAGGCCCGGUAGAAUACACGAUUGGAUCACUUACUGAAGAAAAAAUUGCAAAAACGAGUGAUUACUUCCGAACCAUCCUGGGGACCGAGUAUGAACGAUUUGGGCAUUCUCCUCCAACUCCUUCUUCUUCUUCUUUUCCCCAGAACAUUGCUGCAUCUGCGACCAAACAGACACCAUCUCAGCCAGAAUGGGUAGCGAUUGGAAAUGACUAUGCCGAAUUCGUUCGAUCCGGUGAUGUUGAACCCAUUCACGGUCGAGUCACAUCAAUCGAUACCACCGAGCUGGAAACAGGCACGGCCUCGGUCAGAAUCGAGACGGGGAAUGGGCCCAAUGUCCUGAAUAAUAUAACCUUGAUCAUCACCGCCACGGGAUUCACCCCCUUUGAUUCCAUAUCCUUUCUACCCGCCGAGGUACUAUCCAGUCUGGAGAUGGACAAGAAUGACCCUUGUCUUCCCCUGAUCCUCGACGGAGGAGGCACGCUACGCUCCGAGAUUCCCGACCUGGGAUUCGUUGGCUUCUAUCGUGGCCCGUACUGGGGUGUUAUGGAAAUGCAGGCCCGCUACCUAGCACGGGUAUGGGCCGCUGAAGGGACAGCCAGUGAGUAUGGAGCCUUUCAGCUUCAGACGAGCCAUGAACAAGAGAAACUGCGAAAUCUGAGAAAUCCCCAUGGUCAAGUGCGCCGCGCCCAGUUUCCCAUGGGCGACUAUGUGGGAUUGAUGGAACAAUUUGCGAGACAUUUGAAGAUGAAGCGGAUUUCUCCGAGACUCGGUGAUGAAGUAUUCAGCGCGGGCCCAGUUGUGCCUGCUCGUUAUGUGGUGGGGACGCCGGGAUCGGAGACACGGCGAACUCUAGACGACUUGUGCGCUAUCUUACAGCACGACCAUCCGGCGACACAGGCAGCCACGGCUUUGGCGGUAUUUCGAGCAUUGCAGGGGACAUGGAGCGUUGUCACGUCUACGGGGAUGGAAAGUGACACAGAAACAGAAACGCAAACACAAAUCGCGAACCGACCCUCCAAAAUUGGCAGCGAUGAGAGUUCGGAAACCAUGACAUUCAUCCCGCAAUCCCCCUCCCACCCUUUGUACGAUCGAGAAUACCUUCUUAGGCGAUGGCCAAAUACUAUCGCCACAAGACGCGGUGCGGUUCCCGACCCGAUGAGAGACGGCACGAUAUUGCGUUUGUCAGAGACCAGUACCAUCGCACCGUCAAAUUCCCAUGUGGAAAUUUGUCGGGGAAGACCCAGCCAAACUACGAUCGACGAGGACGAACCACAUGCUUGGCGUCUUGAAUUAGGUCCGCUGAACCAUGGAGAAAAGGAUGGGGAGUAUGUGGUUCGCGGACAGAUUGUACCAUUCCCGGGGGUCGACCGUCUCAAUCCUAUGCUCUUGGGAACACCAGGUGAAUGUGAAUGGACCUUUUUUUUCCACGGAGUCUCGAUCACCAGAUGGGAAUAUCGUCUGCGGAGAAACCCACAGUGUACAUAG